GCACGUCGGUUUACCUCGCCUGCCUUGACCUUGCUCUUUUCGCUGGACGGUUGCCCCACUUCUUCUCCCCUGCUUUGCUCUGUGGGCGUGCUACAUCGACCGAGACGAUUCCCAGAGCGAGAAAGAGAGGGGUAAAAAAAAAAAAAAAGUAAAAGAGACAUGUCGGGCAACGGCGGUCCUCCGCGACUGCCGGAGCUGCCGGCAAGUUUUGGGACCUCGUCGCCAUUUCCACCCAUGGGCAUGCCGCGACAGGCCUCUUCAAGCCAUGCUCAGCAGAGCCAGCGGGGUGGCAUGGGAGUACCGGCAGCACCACCACCGCUCCCGCCGCAUCCGCCAGGUGCGCUCGAACGGGAAAAGCAGAUGCGCCAUCACCAGCCAAAGCAGCGACCGCCCUACUUCCACCAACCUCACCCCCACACUAACGCCAGUGCCUCUGGUGGCGGCUUUGUUCCAGGCCAGCUCAUCUCGCCACCACCACCACCACCGCCGCCGCCGCCGCCGCCACAGCAGUCCCAAUCGUAUUUCAACAACAACGCCAUAGCUCCAAUGCCGCGCCACCCGCAUCCCCCCGCCGGUUUCGUGGUGGGCUCGCCACCGGCCAUGCCCGGUGGCUUCCUCGCGUCUCCAGACCCACGCCAGCGGCCGCACUCGGCAGCGGGUGCAGUCAGCCCGAUGCUGAUGCAGGGAGGCCCCUCGCCGCCCCAAGCACGGCCGCCGCCGACGAAGCACCUGUCGCAUCUGCCUCGCCCCGCCGCCCACGGGCCCCUCCAGUCGCUGACGGCCUCGGUCGACGAGCUGAGUUUGGCCAGUGCUCGGCGGGCCAGCAGCGAGAGCCAUGGCUACCACACGGGGGCCGCUUGGUCCGACAAUACAUCGUCCACGAGCGGCGGGCCGCCCUCGCUCAACGUGCCCGUGCCGGACCUGGCUCAGCUCGGCGUCAUGCGGGAAAAGGCCAUGGCUAGUGGCGAUGACCGGCGCAAACUGCGGUGGGCAAAGCAGGUCAUCAAGUUUGUCGAGCGCAAGCACGACGGCAACAAGAUCAGCGACGCUAGCCUCGUCCGGCACAUUGACGAGGCCAUCUCGCACAUCAACCGCAUGGCCGAGGCUGCCCGGCCCGACGCUGAGGCCCUCUUCCUGCGAGGCGACCUCCUCGCCUCGGGCUCGUUUCCCUCGUACCAUCGAAAGGACCUCCGGUCGGCAUUCAAUGACUUUGAGCUCUCGGCCCGGAUGGGCCAUGCGCCCAGCUGGUUUCGCAUCGGCCGCGACUACGAGGUGCUGGGCGACGUGACGCGCGCAAAGGACGCCUACGAGCGCGGGUGCAGCGUCCAGGACGUCGGCUGCGUCUACCGCAUGGGCAUGGCCAACCUGCUGGGCCAGCUCGAGGUUACGCAGGACAAGCCAAAGGCCAUUGCCCUCCUGCGCGAGGCCGCCGAUGGCGCAGACGAGGACACGCCCCAGCCCGCAUACAUCUACGGCAUGCUCCUCGCCGGCGAAUUCAGCCACGUCGAGGUGCCGGCGCAGGUGGUGCAGAGCCUGCUCCACAGCGCUGGCGGCCGUCCCGUGGCCAACCUGGAAGCUGAGGCGCGCCGACGAAUCGAGCGGGCGGCCUACCUCAACUUUGCACCGGCGCAGUACAAGUGUGGCUGGUGCUACGAGUAUGCGCAGCUCGAGUGCUCCUUUGAUCCCCUGCUCUCGGUGCAGUACUACAGCCUGGCCUCGCAGGGCGGCGAAAUUGAGGCAGACAUGGCCCUCAGCAAGUGGUUCCUCUGCGGCGCCGAGGGCUGCUUUGACAAGAAUGAGGCGCUGGCAUUUACCUUUGCCGAAAAGGCGGCGCGCAAGCAGCUGCCGAGCGCAGAAUUCGCACUGGCCUACUACUUUGAGGUCGGUGUUGGCUGCACAAAGGACCUCGAGCUGGCGAAAAAGUGGUACAGAAAGGCGAUGGCGCACGGCAACGACGACGCAAAGGAGCGCCUCGAUGCCCUCGCUGCGCCCACGCCCCAGACGCUGUCGAGAAAGGAGCACGAGGGCUACGUCGAUGUCAAGCUGCAGCGGAAGCGGACAGAGGCCAAGAUGCUGUCGGACAAGCGCAACACAAUCAUCAACAAGCGCAACCAGCGCCAGGGCGUCAGCGAGGCCAACAACAACAACGGCAGCAACGCGGCCAACGAGGAGGCCAAGGUGCGCAAUAUCAGCAGGAAAAAGACGAUGAAGAUGGUCGAGGAAACGGCCGGUGGUAGACGGGGCCGUCUGCAGGAUCCUGCGCCUCCGCCGCCGCCGUUGCCGACAAAUCAGCCGGAUAAGAACGCGGCGUCGCGCGCGGACAAGCUGCUCCCCGCGCCAUCCGAGGUCAUGAUGCCCGAUCCUGCGGCACUGCAGCAACAGCAGCAUCAGCAGCAACCACCCCGACAGCCGGCCCAUGACUCAGGAGGACGACGGCCCAGCGGCUUCAACAACAGCGGACAGCAGCAGUCUCCCGCCAGACUCGGUGUCGGAGGCCCACCGCCCCGAGCAUCUUCGCCACGGCCAAUGCCGCCCAGACAGCCUCAGCCGAGCAGCAGCGGCGGCGGCAGCGGCGGUGGAGGCGAUGAUAUACCCCUCGCUUCCAAAACGCCGGCCAAGGUCUACGAGAGCUUCUCCGAGAUGGGCUUCGCGGCAAAGCCCGUCAAGGACGACAAGGACUGCACCAUCAUGUAGCACACGCACCCGCGCUCGAACGGACACUGCUCUCAAUCACUCUCUCCCUGGAUUCCAUCUCAAGCUAUUACCCUGGCCUCUGUCUGUCUGUCUUGUCCUCUCUAUGCAAUGUGAACUCGAUUAAACUCCCCAAGA